AAAUAGAAUGUUGAAUGAAACACGAACAUAAUAACAUUCUUAUUUUAUGAGAAUGUCGGGAUGUUGUUAAAACGGUCUUUGUAUGCUUCGCGAAGAAAUUGAAGUAAAAUACAAAACAGUAGAAAGUGAAUCAAUGAUUUUUCUCACAAUACACGUAGAGGUAGAAGAAGAGUGAUACAACAGGACUGCCAAAAUAGUGCUUUUCUUCCUCUUCUUUUCUCUUUGCUUUUUUACACACGUUAUCACAUGAUAUGUACUUAAGAGCUAUUGCACGUCAGCCACGACUAACGUUCAAUCAAUGUUGUCAAAACUUUUUCAAACUGGGGCGCUGUAGUAGACAAAAGUUUUAAUAAUAACAAAAGUUUUAAUAAGUUGUAUUGUUGCUGAGAUAUUGAGAUUUAUUAUGUACUGGAAGUAUCGUUGAAGGACUUGAUGUACCACAUAUAUGUGAAAUGAACACAAUGAAUGGUAUUAUACCUGAUGUAGAUGUUAUGAAAAUAUGGAAAAACAUUCAAGUUGUUAAUGAUCAGCAAUCAUUUUAAAAUAAAAACAAGAACAUCGUAGUCACGUGCAUAGACUCUCGUUUCUCUCGUCCUGGAUUUACAAGAUUACGUUCAUUGUCACACAAAGAUGAAGACUGGAUAUUAGAAGUAUAAGAAACAAUUGAUAAUGAACCAGUAACGUCACCGUACGUUACUGGUCGCUUGUUGGAUUCUGAUACAGCAAAUUUUAAUGUGACACUCAAAGUAUGGGCGAAUGAGCGUACAAAAACAAUUGUUAAUCCACAUAGGCCAGCAAUGGCUGUUAAUUACAUUCAACAAACUGAUGAAGAAGGAAGUAUAUUAGAUGUAUUAACAGAUUACGUGGAAGCUGUACGUUACCCAUAUUGGCCAAUUAUUGCAAAUGAAUGGUCCACACGGCAAAGACAAUCGAACUGGCCAUCAGAUGAAUUAAUUCAGCGUAUUGUAUCAGAUGGAUGCUCUUUAGUUCCAGAAUUUCAUCUAUUAAGUACUUGUUAUAGAGAUAUAGAAUGGAGAUUUUCAUUUUCAUCUAGUGAAAAACUAUUAUCCCAUUCAUUGAGCAAUACACAACGAAAGUGUUAUGUCUUAGUAAAAACUUUAUUAUUCUAUAAGUUCAAAUUAGCAAAAAUUGAAAAUAUAAAGCUUUUAACAAAACAAUAA